AUGUUCGAUAACCAACCAAAUAUAAUCGAACUUGUGAAGGAGUUUUUGGAGUACUACCAACUUCACAAGAGUUGCAGUGCAUUUACAGAAGAAUCACGCAUAUUUCAUGGUGUGAACCUGGAGCAAUGGAGGCCUGCUUCCGAUUUUAAAAAAAAGCAAGAAGUAGUUAAUCUUUUCAGAACUAAUAAGAAGGAAGAAUUUUAUAAUGCCUUGUUUACUUUGGUGCCUGAAGCUGAGCGACAGAAGCAGGAAUUUAUGCAGCUAGAAUUUGAUCUCAACCUGUUUUUUCUGACUGCAUUUUGGCAGGAGUAUAACAACGACGAAAGACAUGCGUCAAUGCAAGAAUUCAAGCUGUAUUUGGAAACUAGAGGCUCAGUUCAUAGUCAGAACACGGAGUUUCUGGCUUAUUAUGCAUUGCCUUACGUGACUAAACCUAAUGAACACCCGAUAUAUCGUCAACUUUUUGAGGAAACAUGGCGGAACUCUGUUGUCUUACGCUUGUCAAAGUACAUUGAUUCAGUGAUUCAACCAAAUGGUGAUAAAAUUCCCCAUUUACUUAGUUUGGUCACCAAACCUAAUGUUAAGCAAGAUCGUCUGAUGCGACAGCUUACAAAUGAGUUGUCAGAUGCUGAAAAGCGAGCAACACAGUCUCAGAAACGUUUAACCAGGCUGCAGAUGGAUUAUCAAACACUUAUAUCAGUAACUGCAGAUAUUCUAGAUGCCUUAGAAAGUACUCUAAAAGGAAAAUCUCUAGAUAGCUCAGUAAUGCAAAAAAUAUACUCUCGUCUGGUACAUAGUCAAAAUAAUGUGAGUUUAAGGGUAAAUCACCAAAACAGUCAGUUUAAUAAGACAUCGAAUAAUACUUUUGGAUGUGAAACCAAAGAAAUACUGUUUGGGGAGGAAAAACCUAAAACUAAUGGUCAAAAACCGAACCCACCCGUUGGCUUAUAUUGGAAUGAAAAUACUUCAACCCCAUUGUUUGACUUGAAUUAUGAAAAAAUUAAAAAAGAUGUUAAAACAAUGAAUGAUCGCAAAAAGUGUUAUUUACUUCAAGCAUUACGUUGGAGAUUAACAAAAUCUAAAGUAUCACAACGUGAACAUUGUUUAACAUCAUUUGUUCGUAAUGAUAUACUUGAUUUAACAACAAUUGGAUCUAUUAAAGAUGUUGAUAUAAAACAUGCACCAUUACUUUAUUGUUUAAAAUCAAAACAUCAUCGUGUUCGGGAAUAUAUGGCACGUUUUAUUAAUGCACUUGCUUCUUUAUGCAGAGGACGUGCAUAUUUGUCACAGAAUAGUUUAGUCGUUGAAAUUCUAAUUGAUGAAGUACGUAAAGAACAAGAUGAAUGUAUCACAAGAGAAAAUUUUGUUGGUGCCCUACAGAAAAUGAGUUUGAGACGACCAAUGCAAACUGUAAUGAUUAAACAAGGAGUUAUUUUAUGGGUAAUAAAUUUAUUAGAAAAUAUGCAUAAUCUAUCGGAUUAUACAUUAGAAUAUGCAGUUGCUCUUUGUAUGAAUUUAUGUUUAAGAAGUUCUGGUAAACGAUGCUGCAUACCAAUCACAGGACGUUUACUUAAUGUUCUAAUGGAUCUUUUAAGUAUUGACAAUAUUGAUAUAGUGCCAUAUAUCAACGGUGCAUUAUAUUCUAUAUUAGCAUUAUCAGAGAUAAGAAAAACAGCUGAGAAAAUGAAUCUCAGGCAUCUUUUAAAAAAAUUUAUUAAACCAAAUCAACCAGAAAUGAAUCGUCAAUUUGAAUUUAUUUUACAAAGAUUAAAUUCAUCUGAACAACCAUCUUUAAUAGACUCAGAUGAUGAUAUUGACGAUGAUGAUGAUGAGGAGGAUGCAUCAAUAUUAGAAGGUGACCUUGAUCGACAAGAUUUACCUCCUCCAGAUCAAAAUGAUUUAUUAAUGUUAACUGGUUCACAGACUAUUCAUUAUGAUCCACAUAUAUGGAUUGGUGAAGGUUUAUUAAAACAUGAUUAUGCUAUAGAAACAGUAAUGAAAAAUGAUACUAACAAUUGUAUUGAUUGGUGUAAAUCAUUAUGGAAUAGAGAUAAUGAUGUAAGAUUAUCUAAUAAUAGUUUUCGAAAUGAUUUACCUCUUCAACGGCCUACAACACCUAGUCAACGUUCUGCCCGUAAUUCAAUAUCUGAAAAUCAUUCAUCAACAGGCAAUAGAAAUCCAUUUUUAAUUAAUCAUGAAUACGAAGAGACUUCCAAUCAAAUUGAUUUACGUGAUAGUUUAGCAACAAUUACACAAAGUUUUGUUGAUGAAAUAACACCAAGAUGUACAACACCCAAUAACAAAUUAACAUCAUUUAACAAGGAUACAAUCAAAGAACUUUCAAUAAAUAAAUCAAAUGAAACUAAUAUUAAAAAAAUUCUUAUUAAUCGACAAGAAGGUCAAGGUAUAUUUCAAAGUCGACCAAAACUUUUACGUACACCAGAUUCUUCACCACCAGGAGAUAAAAAGUUCAUCAAACACAAUCAUAAUAAUAAUAAUAAUAAUCAUAAUAAUAAUAAUAAUACUACAUAUAUGAAUGAUGUUGAUGUUGAUGUUCAUGAUGAUGAUGAUGAUGAUGAUGAUGACGAUGUUAACAGUUCAAUUAAUCUAAGAAAAACAAGACAAUCACCAGAUUCUACUGUAUCAAGUAGUACACAUAAUAAUCAAUACAAUAAAUCAAUAAUUGAUAAUAAUAAUAAUCUAUUAUUCAAUACUACUGAAAUUGAUUUACAAUAUUCUGAUAAUAAAAAUAUUAAAAAAAUUAAAUAA